UCUGCUGAAAAACGAGAGAAAUAUUGAUAGGAUUUUAUGAAGUAGCUGAAUCUUUGGUGAGUCCUGCUGUUAAAAUAAGUCAUAAAAAAUGGCAGAGAGACUUUUUGAAAGUUUCCUGAACUGCCAUGUGUGUUCAGAGACUUUCAGAGAUCCCGUGUCUCUAAGCUGCAACCACAGCUUCUGUUCAAGCUGCCUGAAGAAAUUCUGGGAACAAACUGGAAACAAGAACUGUCCCAUCUGUAAAAGAAGAUAUUCUAAGGAUUUUCCCAUAGUAAACUUUACUCUAAAGGAACUGACUGAUUCUUUUACUGGCCGACAGAAAUCUGGAUCCUCUGAGACAGAAAGAGAAGAAAAGCAGCUGAUGGUGGUCUGCAGUAAACACCAAGACAACCCUGAACUAUUCUGGAAAGACGAGCAGAGUGCUGUGUGUCCUGUCUGUGAGUUUUCUCUCCACCAGAGUCACAAAGUGGUUCCUAUAGAACAAGCAGUCAGUGAGCUGAAGGAGCAGCUGAAAUCUGACUUAAAGUCUCUGCAGGACAAGAGGAACAAACACAAACAGGUGGAGAAAACAUACAAUGAUGUGAUUCUACACUCUAAGAAGCAGCUGUUGUCCACAGAGAGACAGAUCAGAGCAGAGUUCAACAAGCUCCACCAGUUCCUGAGAGAGGAAGAGGAGUCCAGACUGGCAGCUCUGAGGGAGGAAGAGGAGCAGAAGGGGAAGACUAUCAGCAGAGAGAUGAAGAGGAUUCAGGAGCAGAUCUCCUCUCUGUCAGACAGUAUCUCUGCUGUUGAAGAAGACCUGCAGAAAGACCAGGUGUCGUUCCUCAGCAGUUAUAAAGCCACUCAGAGCAGAGCCAGAGCCCAGAGCUCACUGUCAGAUCCACAGCUGGUCUCAGGAGCUCUGAUAGAUGUGGCCAAACACCUGGGCAACCUGUCCUUCAGAGUCUGGGAGAAGAUGAAGGACAAGGUCCACUUCAGUCCUGUCAUUCUGGACCCAAACACUGCUAAUAGAUGGUUGUAUCUGUCUGAAUAUCUGACCAGUGUGAGACAUGGAGACACAGAGCAGCAGCUUCCUAAUAAUCCAGAAAGAAACACAAAUUACACCAAUGUUUUUGGUUCUGAGGGCUUCAGCUCAGGGAAACACAGCUGGGAGGUGGAGGUUGGAGAUCAUCCUAGAUGGAUUAUUGGUUUGAUUAAAGAGUCUGUUGACAGGAAGGGAGAGUUAUAUGCUUCACCAAAAUAUGGAGUUUGGUGUUUAUGGCAUCGUGAUGGAAAAUACUCUCAAGGUGGUGAUCAGACUCACAAAUUAAAGAAGAGUCUCCAGAGAAUCAGAGUCCAGCUGGACUAUGACAGGGGGGAGGUGUCCUUCUACGACCUUGAAAACAUGUCUCACAUCUACACUCACAGAGACACUUUCACUGAGAAACUUUUUCCUUAUUUUGGUGUUGGAAAAUCUGCUGAUGCUAAAACAUCUGACAUCAAAAUUAGUAAAUCUGAGGUUUAUUUAAUAUUUUCAGACAAGCUAACUAGUAAUUCAUACUAGACAAGUAAUUCAUUUUAAUAAGUUAAAAUCUUUUGGGGUUUUUUUCAGGUCAGAAAAUGAUGGAUAAGAUAUCUGAAUUUAAAGGACUUUGAAUAAAAACCAAAAUACAAGGUGCUCAUCUACUUCGUUAGAGUUGUCCCAAUCUGUAUGCUGAAUCUGAGAACCUACUGACAUUUUAUUAUUUGAUAUCUUAUUUUCUUGACUCCGUUAGUACUUGUUAACAGUAUGAGCUUAUUUACAAGCUUAAGGAUUUCAAUCUUUUAAUGAUUAUUUGACGUAUAUCAGUUUGACUAUUUGUCAAAAUGCCUGUAGUGGUUUUGCAGAUAAAGCCCAGUGAUUCAAACUGAGAGCGUAUACAAAAGUUUUAUUGACAGCUGGGAGGAAGUUGUUGAUUGGGGCCAGCAGGUAUCGGAGAUCAGAGGGACUGAGUCUGAGCA